GACAGACAGACAGGACAGACAGACUAACUAACUAUGGACGGCACCGGGACGGCGGCAGCAAUGGCGGGGGGCAGGCUCCCCCGUACCGCCCCGCACCCGCUCUCCAAGGACGUGCUGGGCUACGACGACGACGACGAGGAGGAGGAGGAGGAAGACGACCUGGAGGUGUAUAGUAAGAAUGGUACUUUCGCUGAUACCAGUUCCAACAGUAUCACCAUGCCGACUUCACCUUCCUCCAUGACUAAUCAACACACUUUGGACGAUGAACCAGACAAAGAUCUUUUUGUCGCAGUAGAUGAUCCACAACAGCAUGCCACUGCAAUGGAAACCUAUUUCACUUACAGAAUAUUGACAAAGACUACACGCAGUGAAUUUGACUCCAGUGAGUAUGAGGUUCGUAGACGUUAUCAGGAUUUCUUUUGGCUAAAAACCCAACUUGAAGCAGCUCAUUCUACGUUUAUUCUUCCUCCAUUGCCAGAGAAAUUUUCAAUGAGAGAGAUGGUGGAACGAUUUAAUGAAAGUUUCAUAGAAAUGCGCCGGAAGGCACUGCAUAAAUUUUUAAACAGAAUUGCGGACCAUCCAACAUUGUCUUUUAAUGAGGACUUCAAAACAUUUCUCACUGUUCAGGACCUGGCUCCUCACAAGAAACCUGGCGCGGCAUUCCUCAGUAUGAUGGAAGAAACAAUGCGGGCUGUUGCCAACUCAGUUAAGAGUGUUAAGAAUAGACCUGAUGAAUUCAAUGCAAUGAAUGAACAUGUGGACAUAUUCCGUCAAAAAAUUGGAACAUUGGAGAGAAUCAACCAAAGAACUGUAAAAGAAUAUAAAGAAUAUUCACUUGCGAUGAAGGAUUAUAGUCCAGUUUAUACUCUGUGGUCUAAAUCUGAAAAGGAGCUGGCUGAACCUCUGACAGGAGUAGCUAGUUCCAUUGACAGCUGUUACAAGGCCACUGAAGGACUGACUACUGGUCUCUCAGAGGAUAUGCUUCCUACCUUGCAUGAAUACGUUUUAUGUGCUGAAACACUGAAGUCAGUACUGAAGAGAAGGGAUGUAAUUCAGGCAGAUUAUGAUUCUCGAGUUGAUUCCUUGGCUAAUAAGAAAGCGGAGCGAGAAAUGCUCGAGCACUCGGAACAAAGCUUUACAUUUGGUACCAUCCUGGGUAAGAGCACAGAGGAAGUGAAACAACAGAAGCAGCAGAAAAUUGAUCAAGAGAUUGAAGAGCUUCAGGCAGAUAUUGCCCAAUUUGAGGAUAAAAUGGAAUAUGCCAAUACCAACUUGAAAGCGGAUUGGAAAAGGUGGUAUAUGAACAUGCGGAGUGAUCUGAAAUCAGCUUUUUGCAAUACGGCUGAAAAUAAUAUUCAUUAUUAUGAAGAGUGCUUAGCUACAUGGGAAUCUUUUCUGGCCGUUCAACAGACUGAGAUCAAGAUGGAUGAGAAAAGUAAAAACAGUGGAUAGAAACCAAGCAAAAAUUUAUACAAGCUGCUUUCAUGCACUUUCUCAGACCUAAAGUGCUGUUUGUAUUCACAGAUCAAUAUUGGGGUCUGUUUAGAUCCUUUUAAGCUUUUGAUGCAAGAAUAUAUUUACUCAGUUCAUAAUUUUUAAUUAUGUUGAUGACUCGAACAUUCUGCAGCUCAAAGAUUUAGGCAAAUCAAUGAAAUUAUCAAACUUAAACCUCAGGUCAUGCUCAGUUAAUGCCAUUGCAGAAUUAGCGCUCCAUGUACCUGAAUGAUUUUGUGAUCAAUUACCAUAAAAUGGAACACGUCUUCUGAAAUGAACUUUGCUGCCUUAAUCAUGUCUUAUUAGAAUUACAAUCACAUAAUACAUUUUUCAUCCACCCUUUCCCUGGUUAGGAAAUUCUAUGAAUGAUUUUGGGUGCCAAUAGUUGUUUUAUCAAAUCAGUGCUUUAAUAGGCCAAUAUAUUCUACCACUGGGAUUGAAAGGUUGGUGCUGGCUUGAGGUUUAUUUAUUACUGUUCUAUUAGUGGGCCAUGUAUGGGAUGAAUUUGACCUGCUUUCACAAAGCAUGGACAAAGUGUGGCAGAUAUUUUAAACGCAUCUCUUCUGUCCCUCACCAUCGCCUGCCUCUUAUUUUUAUUUUGUAAUAACGUCACAGACCAAUUUCACUCCCAAUUUAAAAAAAAAAAAAAAAAAAAAUAUUUGUCCUAUAGUCCGUAUUGUAGCCGGCUUGUUGCAGCCUAAUUUUAUUCAUGCUGGACACCGUAUGAUUAACACUGCUAGUCAUUAAAAUAGAGGAGGAGAAUUCUUAAUCCCUUGCUGACUUCUUAUAUUGAUACUGACAAAUCUGACUUGAAAUAUGGUGAUGAAUCCAGGUUAAAAUGGUAUUUCCCACUUGCUGGCUGGCAUCCCAUGUUAUUCUGCUCCCUUAUAGCACCAGCGUGGAAUGUUGCAUGUAUAAAUCAGAUGGAAUCAUUUUUGUUUAUCUUGAGAUUUAACUGCCUUUCCAUCAAAGUUUAGCCGUGCUAUUUUAUUAGAUUUGUUUGUAGAAUCUCAUGCUCAUUCUUUUAAGAUUGCUGCAAUUAUGUACCAUAUAGUUUAAAACAAACUAUAAUGUUCUACUUUCAUCUUGUAUAUUCAAUCAAACAUAUACUUUGAAAUUGCACAUUUUAUGCAAAAAUAUUUUUUGUGGAAGUUAGAUAUGAGCUUUUACAAUAAAUUGUAUUUUCCUACUAUUUGUGGCGGAAUGUGCCUUUUAAGGGUUAUAUUCAUUCUUCAAGGAUAACUACAUUAAUAUUCCAUAAUUAAGCCAUUGAUAAGAAAGGUAUUUUGGCCUUUACAAACGAUGGAGUAAUGUUCUUCAAUGACAAUUUGGACUUAAUGUGCAUCCAUGUACAAUAUUUCAUUGAUGUGAAACUAUUUUGGUCUGUAAUCUCUAGUAUUUUAGUAUAGGCUGGGACAAACGUACUAAACUGAAAUAUAGCGGCUCAAACAUGCACCAAAAAGAUUCUGGCAUUUUAAAUUGCAAAUUGUUUUUAAGGUUGACAAUUACAUGAUUUUUUAUAUUAUCUCCAAAGCAACUCUAUAUGGUUUAAAACAUUUUUUUAAUGCAUUCCAAAAUAUUAUAUGUAAAACCGGUAUCUGAUUUGAUAUUUUGUUUACCAAUAAAUGCAAGGUUUUAAGUAUAAAUAUGAAAUUGAUGGUGUAUAUAAUUUAUAAUUUCCUGUGAAAUUUGUGAAUGGUUAAUCUGGGUUCAAACAUUCACAAGGGAAGUAAAGUUCAUGAUUCAAUGUAUUUUAAUGAUUGAUCUUGAUGUGCAGGGUUUAACUCUGUUGAAUGGAUAUUUCAGAAAUGUAAACAUUGAGAAUAUUGUUUAUAAUAUAGAGACAUAGUAAAUGGCAAAUAAAAGAAGUACAAUA